AUUUACAAGCGCGCGCCCAGCCGGCCCAGUGCAUGCAGUCUAUCAUUCAUGUCUACACAUCGAGCGAUAUGGACAUCCGGAAUCAUGGAGCAGAAUUCUAACUCAGCCACAGGUAGGCCUAGCCAGACGCAGCAUAUUACCUUACCAGAGACACUGCAACAGAUCCCUCUAGCUACAGAACUACCAUGCUUAAGACAUCGCUGGAAUACUAAUGAGGAGAUUGCGUCUUGGCUGAUCAGUUUUGACUGCCAUGACCAAUGGCUCAGCACCUCUACAAAGAACAGACCCCAGAGUGGUUCCUUGGUCCUGUACAAUCGCAAGAGAGUUCGAUUCCGGAGAGAUGGCUACUUCUGGAAGAAACGUAAGAAUGAACGGACGACACGGGUGGAUCACAUGAAGCUCAAAAUACAAGGAGUUGAGUGUAUAUAUGGGAGCUAUGUACACUCGGCCCUCAUCCCAACAUUCCACAGACGAAGCUACUGGCUUCUACAGAAUCCUGACAUAGUUUUAGUCCACUACCUAAAUGUGCCCAAUCUUAGCGAGGAUUCCUCCAAGAUCACCAGCAGUCCCUUAGUCAGUUCCAUCCUCCCUACGUCGCUACCUACCCCUCAGUAUCAGCUGGAUACUAAAGGAUAUAAAGGCACUGUCUGGCAGAGAGAAGAACUCCUGCAACAAAUCAAACCAAUGUUUAGUGGAACCCAGUUGCAGCUGAAUGGAAACAAUCUGACAUCGGAGACUGAUGUAGCUAACAUUGUGGUGCAGUACCUGUUGGAUUUACAAGAUCAGCAGAAUCUCCAUAAAGAUCAACAGUCUGUUGUGUUUACCACACUAGCUGACAAGGCUGGUACCAGCACAGGUGCACCAGGUUCCUCCCCCAGUUCAGCUCUUAGCUCCGCCCCUAGCCCACAGAGUAUCCCUAGUGUCCCACCAUCACCUAUGUCGGUCCUCAGUGAAGCCUCGUCCAUCCAGCCUGGUAUAGACUCUGGGACAUUCAAUCUAAGCACAAACCAAUCAACCACAGCGACAAACGAACAGAGCCAGGCUAGAUCGACCAAUCAGCUGCAAGACGUCAGCAUGAUAGCGCCGUUACCUGUUCUCUUAUUCAACGCCUAUAACGAGGUGGAAAGCACAGGUGUCGUUGGGAACACAACCUUGGUCGGUUAUCAGUUAAAUCAGCAGAGUAAUAUUAGUGGGGUACCAGGGAGCUCAGCAGGCGGGACAGUACAGGGAGCCACGUUAACAUCCGAGGAAACGACGCACACCAGUCAGAAUAGCGUCGCUAGUAUGCAAUGUGGUCAACCAGUACGUGAUGUUAGCGGUCGACCCUUGAUCACUAAUGAAGAAUCGAUAGAGCUACGGGCGUUGGUGGAUGGCAACCCCAACUUGAAGACUUGUAAGAAUCGUUUUGAGAAUCAACCAGGGAUCCAUCAGAAGAUUGUCUUACUGCCGCCGUACCUACCGUCUCCACCAAGACCUGAACCGACUCAAGAAGUGAUGACAACAAGUCAACCUCAGAGUACAUCAGCAACCGAAGCUAGCAGAUUGCCGUCAUAUGAUGCUCAUGUACAGAGACAGCGAUCUAACGAUAGAUCAGUCACUCAGCCUGCGCAAGGUGCGAUCAAUGAGGGCGCUGUUGCCAGUACAGCCUCCCAACAAGUCACACAAUCAGGAAGUUUAUUCCAACCCUUACACCCGCAAAACCCUCUCAAUCAGUUCCCCACUUUCCAACAGAGUUUGCAGGCAAACAUCCCCCCACCGCCCCAGUUGCCCCCACCCCCUCCAUACACCCUGGCAGCGAAUGCCGUCAUCGCCAAUACUGUAUUCACAUUCUCAGCAACACCCAGCAAGAAUCCACAUCAGCAGUCUGUGACUUCAGACAUGAAACAGUCACCUGCUGUACCAACCUCCAUGAUGCAAGCCACUGGCUUGGUGAAUCCUACUGCUGUUACCAUACCAGCCGUUUCUGGGGUGUUUAACCCACAACCCCUGAAAUCAUUAGUGUUCCCACCAAGCACAAGUGAAACUGUUACGACAGCGGUAACAUCUGAUUCAACCAACAAAGAGAAGCCUUUGAUAUUCAAGCCGUUAAUGCAACCUCUUCAAGCCAUUCCAGACAGCAUCCAAUCCAGUUCACAAUCGGUAGCAUUGAUGCAACAAACACAACCUCAGAUGACGUAUCCCUCAAUGAGUAGCCAAGAUGGUAAUCAGUUAAGACCAGCGUUACCAACUAGCAAUGAUUUCUCUAUCAAUGAUCUUGAUAUUGAGCUUGAUUUUGAUGCUGAGAUGUUUGACAGUGCUCUGGCUGAUAUCCAUCUGGAUAAUUCAUUGCAAGGCAGUACACCUGUUCCAGACUCCACCCAUCAAUCAGAGACAGACAGACUGACCAGUAGAGUGACCAGUGGAAGUCAUGGUCAGUCAGAAGGCUUGUUAGUGUUACAUCAAGGGAGGUCAUUACCUGAGCAAUGUCUGGAAGCUAUUACAGAGUUCUCCCCGGAUUGGUCCUACCCAGAGGGAGGUGUGAAGAUUCUUGUGACGGGUCCUUGGCAUUCCACUACAGCAAACUAUCAAUGCAUGUUUGACAAUUAUGCUGUGCCAGCAUCGCUGGUACAGACAGGGGUACUUCGCUGCUACUGCCCCGCUCAUGAAGCUGGCGUUAUAGCUCUACAGGUGUUAUGUGAUGGAGUUGUCAUUUCCAAGUCAGCCAUAUUUGAGUACAAAGCUCGCAGUGCACAGCAGAGACCCAACAGACAACAUGAAUGGUUGUCACUGGAUGAGAAUCAGUUUCACGUUGCCAUCUUGGAUCGGUUGGAGCACAUUGAGAGACGAGUUGUCUUAAACAAGUCACAAUCACAGAGUUCUACUAAACAGGGUUUAUCUACUGGCCAGAGUGACCAGCAUUUAUCCUUUGAGGACCGUGUGGUGGCGCUAUGUCAACAAUUCAUGCGAGGUCAAUGGGCUCCUGGUAGCUCCUCCCAAUUAGGGGCGGAGUCAAGCUCACAUAGAGGGAUGACGUUACUUCAUCUGGCCGCUGCAUUGGGAUACACUAAGCUGAUUAGUACGCUGGUCACUUGGAGAAAUGAGCAGCACAGCCUUGUGCUUGAGAUGGAAGUGGAUCCAUUGGACAUAGAUCAUUUCUCAUGUACUCCACUGAUGUGGGCAGCAGCCCUCGGACAUAAAGAGACAGCAAUGCUUCUCUUUGUUUGGAGUCCCCAAGCUCUCCACGUCUGUGACUCGUUGGGUCGUCUCCCUAUCGACAUGGCCAAGAGUCGCGGUCAUACUGCCCUCGCUGAAUGCCUACAACACUUGGAGUUUGAUGGUCCGGGAUUGUUCCCAUCAUUCAGUAGUCAACCCAUAACCAUCCCUCAGCAGAAACCAACCGACGGAGUACCAGCGUUCAUGUUGUCAUCACCGUCGACUGCGACGCCUUCAUCUUCAACCACACCUCGGUCACCCUUGGAGCUGGCUUCUCCUUAUGACUCCCCAUCCCCAUCCUCCGGUUGCAUGUCUCAACUCUCUGUCAGUCCAAUCUCUCAAGGAUUCCUCAGUCCCAUUUCCUUCAAGUCUCAAAGUCCUCGGGUCUCUGUCACCAGUCAGCCGGUCUUUGGUCAGAACCUGAAACCGCAUAGCGCCCUCUAUGGUGGGUUUGGAGAUUCGAUGGAUAUGGAUACGGGACUUGAGAAGUCUCGGAGGUCAUCCCGAGGUCAUGAUUCUAGGGGAGCUCAUCUGCUCGAUGUACAGCAGUUGCUACGUGGUAUUGAGAAUAUUCAAAGGCACGAUGAUGUUGGAAGGCUUUCUGAACAAGAACGUGACGACUUGAAACGACACGCUGAGCAGCUCAGAAAACUAGGAGCAGAGAUGGGUCUAGGCACAGAGCACAACCCAGGACAAACCAUAGGUCAUACCUCAGGAGAGACCCACAGCUACAACCAAGGACAGAACCGUGGUCAUAGCUAUGGGCACAUUCCAGGCCAAUCCCCAGGACACGCAUUCCAACCACAUAUCAGGAGUCACAACCCAGCUCAAAACCCAGGACAGACCCAGGGGCAGGGGGAUAGCAGAUGUGAUUCCCCCAUGCAGACAGACACGGCGAUACGAGAGGGUGGGGAGGCAGCAGGACCAUCGGCACCAUUCAGUUGGAUUACUGAACCAAACCAAAAGGAGCAAUACUUGAAUCUAGCCGAGCAGAUCCUUAAUGCUCUACCAGCUAGGAUCAAGGGUAGUAUCAAAUUCCCUCAGACGAGAGAUCAACACGAUGUCUUCAGUUCAAUGGCGCCCUUUAGUGGUGGCUCAGGGUCAGGCCAUGGAAUGGAUACGUCUGGUGAUCAGGAGUCGCACAGGUCCGUUCAUGAUGAGAGUUCAGCUGGCAGUACAUACAGCACAGAUUCCUGCCUGCCUAGUCCCAGUAACCUAAGCUUUGAGGAGGAGAGUUCUACCGCUGAUUGGUGUGAGUUCCUCCAAGGAGCAAGUCACAGUCUUGGAGUCAUCGGGGCAUUCUCCCUGCUAACUCUCUCAGAUGAGGAGCAGAUGCAACUGUACCAAGCAGCCUUGGUCAUCCAGAAUGCAUUCAGACAAUACAAGGGUCGUCAGCAGCAGAAACAGCAGGAGCUAGAGGCUGCAGUGAUAAUACAGAACUACUACCGAAGAUAUAAACAGUACAUCAUGUACAGCAAGAUGUCUGAGGCAGCUAAGGUCAUUCAGAGUCGUUUCCGUAGUUACAAUCACUAUCGUCAGUUUCAGCGCAGUCGGCGUGCUGCUAUCGUCAUCCAGAGCCAUUACCGUGGUUACCGGGCUCAGGAGCAGUUUCGUAAGAGCCGGGAUGCUGCCAUCUUGAUUCAGCAGAGAUUCAGGGAUAAACGCUUAGCUCGUCAGAAAUUACAGCAGGAUGCAGCACGUAAGAUUCAACGAUUCAUCCGAAGAUGUCAAAACAAGCAUUUCUGGAAUGUUCCAUCUGGACUCCGCUCAUUGCGUCAGACUCGUGCCGAUGUCAAACGCUUCUCCUGUAAGAAGGACUGACGCUAGAGGACUGUCACAUGACCACACAUGUGACACAUCAUGUGACAGGUCAUGUGGCAGUGUGCCUGGCUGAGUUUAGCAUCACCUUGAUCAGGUAUUUAUCUCGGCUUAAUAAAUACCGAAAUUGUUUCAACUGCAGAGUUGAAGUUGAGUCCUUCAGCUGCUGAAGAGUUGGGUAUGUGGAUUUACAGAGUUGUCACAAUCUAUUCUUAUACAUUUGGACACAAAAUGGCUUCCAUCUGUGACUCAGAUUGCAGUUCUUGUUUAUCUGCAUUGCGCACUUCAGCCAUUAUGUGUCCAGAUGUUUUAAUCAAUGAGGAAGUUCUGGCGAGGACCAUUAGUCAACUAGUGCUUGAUUUAUGACGUAACUUACGCCUGCAUGCGCAAAUGCCUCUAGUCAAACGAUGGUUAAACUCCUUGGUCCUGGCUACCUGCUUUGCUUUAUGGUGCGCACGGCUGUUGGUUACCAGCGAUGGUACCAUGCCCUGUGAUUCGGUUCCAAAAAGUCAUCUAGAGUAGUCCAGCCAUCCUUCAUUUAUGUGACGAUCAUCAAACAUGUAUGGUUGACCAUAGUCCUAUGGUUGACCAUAGUCCUGUGGUUGACCAUAGUCCUGUGGUCGACAGUAGUCCUAUGGUUGACUGUAGUCCUAUGGUUGACUGUAGUCCUAUGGUUGACCGUAGUCCUGUGGUUGACCGUAGUCCUGUGGUUGACCAUAGUCCUAUGGUUGACCGUAGUCCUAUGGUUGACUGUAGUCCUAUGGUUGACCAUAGUCCUGUGGUUGACCAUAGUCCUGUGGUUGACCAUAGUCCUGUGGUUGACCAUAGUCCUAUGGUUGACCGUAGUCCUGUGGUUGACCAUAGUCCUGUGGUCGACAGUAGUCCUAUGGUUGACUGUAGUCCUAUGGUUGACCAUAGUCCUGUGGUUGACCGUAGUCCUGUGGUUGACCGUAGUCCUGUGGUUGACCAUAGUCCUGUGGUUGACGGUAGUCCUGUGGUUGACCAUAGUUCUGUGGUUGACCAUAGUCCUGUGGUUGACCAUGGUCCUGUGGUUGACCGUAGUCCUGUGGUUGACCGUAGUCCUGUGGUUGACUGUAGUCCUGUGGUUGACCGUAGUCCUAUGGUUGACUGUAGUCCUAUGGUUGACCAUAGUCCUGUGGUUGACCGUAGUCCUGUGGUUGACCAUAGUCCUGUGGUCGACAGUAGUCCUAUGGUUGACUGUAGUCCUAUGGUUGACCAUAGUCCUGUGGUUGACCGUAGUCCUGUGGUUGACCGUAGUCCUGUGGUUGACCAUAGUCCUGUGGUUGACGGUAGUCCUGUGGUUGACCAUAGUUCUGUGGUUGACCAUAGUCCUGUGGUUGACCAUGGUCCUGUGGUUGACCGUAGUCCUGUGGUUGACCGUAGUCCUGUGGUUGACUGUAGUCCUGUGGUUGACCGUAGUCCUAUGGUUGACUGUAGUCCUAUGGUUGACCAUAGUCCUGUGGUUGACCGUAGUCCUGUGGUUGACCGUAGUCCUGUGGUUGACCGUAGUCCUGUGGUUGACCGUAGUCCUGUGGUUGACCGUAGUCCUGUGGUUGACCGUAGUCCUAUGGUUGACCGUAGUCCUAUGGUUGACCCUAGUCCUAUGGUUGACCCUAGUCCUUUCAGACUUGCUCAUAGUUGUCACAACUUGACAGCUUUUUAAAGCUAAAUUUAUAAACUGCCCUCUAUUGACAUAAUUAUUGCAAAUAGAGGGCGCCAGAUAGGUCACCUUGACCAGGUUUGUUAGCUUUUUGGAGAGUUCAUGUAUUCAUGAUAAAAAUACAAACAACGUUUUGGAGUUAUUAUCGAAGUUUGUAGAAAACAGACAGCCUUAUUUGUAGAAUAUCUGUACAUAGUUCAUUUAUAAUACUCCGGUUCUUUCAUGAAACAACAGAUGUAAAUAGUUUGUGCAUUAUUGAUGAUUAGCCGAUAAUUGAUUAGGUAUUUGCUAUCGGUUAUUCUUUGAUGCUAAAUUAUUGAAACUAAUUGAUUAUUUUGAAUUCAGUGUAUUAUGUAAUAAUUGACGGGUUGAUUUAUCGAUGGAAUGUCAAUUCUUUUUUGUACAUUGGUAAUUGGUAAACAUUAAAUAAAUUAUUAAUCAAUUUAUCUUUUGUCAAGUUUUGAUAAUAUAGUUAUAUUGUCAAAAUAGUAGAAUUGAAUGUGCUUGUGUAUGAAGCAUUGCAACUAAGUCUGCUGCUGUGAGUUCAUGUACAUGUAUGUUGCUUAGGAUUAUUUAUAUUUUGUUCUGUUGUUGAGACUUGUUUACUGGAAAACCAGAUGCAUAACAUAAUCUGCAUUCAAAUGCCAACAUUUGAUUUUACCUUCAUAACAGCAACCCUCACCACGUGAAAUCUGCCAAAGUUGAAAAUUUAAUUGGACCCAGUUUCAUGGGCCCACUUACUGACCCUGAAACCCAAAGAUCUCUGCCUGUCAGACUCUACACUUUUCUAUCACAUGUUCAUAGCAGAGACUUUGGACUCGUGCACGCAUACAUACACCGUGUGAUUAAUCAGUUGGCAUAAGGUCAACUCGCCCCCUGGCUGACUCGCCCCUUACAAACUUGCCCCCUGCGAGCUUGGGCGAGUCGGUUAGGGGCGAGUCGGCCAAGGGGCGAGUUGACCUACAAUCAAUCAGUUCAAGCCGGGAUUAUUUUGAGAAGAACGGAACGGGGAGUGGGAUUUAUUUUCACUCGACCACAAGCCAGGCGGGUUGAAGCCAUCACCCUUGGGUAGCAUGGUCUUUUGUUUUGAAUUUAAGAUUAUUUUAUUUAUUAAUAUGCUUGAAAUUUACUGGAGAAUCAUCGAGUGUGUGCUGUUAUUUGCAGUUUAUUGCCAUUUAACUAUUUAGCUUUGUAAUUUAUACCUGCCUAAUAACCACUAGUUAAAGGCAGCGAUAUUUAUAUUCUAAUCAAAAAUUAGGCGUACAAUUAGAAGCUUGCAUUUUUGUUUCGCAUGUGAAUCUGCUGUUGCUAGACCACUGUCUGUAGAAGAGCGAAAGCUUCAAUUAUUUAUUUUAAUCUUGGAAGUUAUUAAAGAACCUGCAAAAUAAAAUAGCACAGCUGGCACUGUGUGGUGGAUUUGGGGGUUAGGUGUGAUGAGCCAAUCAGCUCUGCUGAAGCUGAUUUGAAGCUGAAAGCUCAACCAAUGAAAAUGAAGUUGCCAUAGUGGUAUUGUUCCCUGACACCUUCUUGUGAGACUCUGUGAAGUUUGUGGUGUGGUACCUGCACUUAUAGAGUCAGUUUAGACAGCUUGAAUAUUUAUUCUAAUGUUCGUUUGAAAUACAGUUAAAUGUACAGAUGUAUAGUAAAAAGAAAUGACAUUGCAAAUAGAUGAUCUGAAAUUCCAUCGAGUUAACUUGUAACUUAGCCUUUAUAACAUUCAAAUAUAUUCAUCGAAUACGCUGCAGGUAUAUUUGUAGUAGACACAACAUGCUGGACUUGUAAAUGGGCUGGGUUUUUUAAUAAGCGUUUUUUAUGCGGGAAAACUUGCCAAAAAGUGGGUGCCAAAAUCCACCAAUUCCCACUCCCAACACCUACCAAAACUUCAGGUACAAUGAAGACAUUUCAUACUUUGGAAAUCUAUUUGUAAAUAUGAAGAUUUUUUUCUUGGAUGACUCUGACCCAUUUGUUCUUGGACAAGUUUCUCUGUACAUUACAAUGAAUACAUCUUUAUACUAAAAUACAGAUUGAACAUUGGAAAGUUGGUGUCAAGUUGUAUAUUUAGUGUUGAGACACACAUUUGGUAGUUGUCAGCUUUUCCGUGUUAAAAUCUAUUUAAUAUUACCUUAUACAUACUUGUGUCUGUGUCAAGGAGGUUCAUUUGGUAUCAAUUGGCUAAAAAAAUUUUACUGCUUUAAAAAAAAAAGUAUUUGUGAUUGAAGUUUGAGCAUAAAAACUUUGUACUUUUUUACUUCGCAAACCGCACAAACAUUCUUGUUUAUCGAUGAUUUUUGCCUGAAUUUUAAUACUUCUUUUUAAGAGACUUUGUGAAGAGAAAUUCUCUUGAUUUUUGGGUUGAAAUUUUGCCUUAUUUUGUGAAUUUAAUUUGGUUAACCUAAGUUUUACAAGAAAUCUUUUAUUGCAACAUGUAGCUUGCGAACAGUUGUUUUAAAAACUUCUUUUUCUUGACGAACACAAUUUUAAACAUGCACAUUUUGAUUGAAUGUAGCAUUUUGAGUCUCGGAUUUUGUUGCAACUUAUAUUCUUGAAAUAUCCAGAAUAAGCAGGGUAAUGUACGAUGAUUUGGUACAAUCAAUGUUUGCAACUUCCUGUGAGUCAUAUUCCUCAUUUUAAUUCAUCUCUAUACAUCAUUCAGUAUACUCGAUGUAGCAGUCGUGGUCGUUGAAGUUGUCAAAAGACAAGGUAUUGCAUUUUUGUUUGAUUUGAUAUGAUUUUGUGGAUUUGAUUUGUGUUUGUAAUUGUUUUUAAUAAGUGUGCAAUAGUUUUGUUGGGGUUGAAAUUUGAUUGUCCGUGCUGGAUACACAUUUGGUCCUGUAUAAGAAACUUGAUGUAACUGUGUUACUUGUAUCGCAAAGAACAAAUGUCGGGGGGAGAUGUUAGGAAAUGUCCCAGACGUUGUUCUGAUGACGGGUUCGUUGGUGAUAAUGGUUGGUUGUGAUAGCGCCCUCUCACGGCAGUGGAUUAUCGCGGCGGCAGGUUAGCAAGUAUCAAACCAUACAACGUCUAGCCCCUAGACUACAUCAGGGUAUACAUACCGGUACCCUGGUACCUACAAUGCUUUGCAAGGCUUGUUACAUACAAUGUUGUUCAGUGGUCACCAUCACCCCUUGCAUAGGCUGGCACAUGUACAUGGUGGAUGCAAGCAUAAGGUCUUUAUGGUAGGUGUGUAUGGAGCUAUGGACAGCCUGUUGAGACAAUCAGCAACUUACAUGUAUGGAAAGCCUCACUGGGCAAUGUAUUCAUGUUU